AUGGCUACUGCAGCCAUAAAUCCAGCAGCGCGUGUGCUUGGAUGGAAUAUCGAGCUCCUACACCAGUUCCACGGUACCCCUUUCGCUGGCAUCUUCCAGCCGGCCAAGGGUGAUUUGACGUUUCGCGAUAUUGUUGAGGAAUUGCGCCUUUGCUUCGAAUUCCCACAGGAAAGCUCGGGUGUGUGGGAUAGUAUCGCUUUCGGCCUCUUGAAAACGUUCAACUAUUCGCCUGAUGAUGCAAACCCCGCUCCCAAAAUUGUGCACGGUAGGGAUGGGCUAGACCAACCAGUUCCCGCCCUUCCUAAGCUACGGCGGGAGGCUCUCAAAGAUCGUGCAGUCAUCCAGUACCUAGUCUUCAAGCAUAAAGCUUGUAAUCUGCCAGCUAAUAGUUCACUUAAUAAGCAUUUCAAGGAAACGUGUGCCGAGCAUCUUUCCGACUAUGUCCGUCGACAAGACCCGCGCUAUUUGCCCCCUAAGAAGGCCUCGGCCAACCGUCGUUACGCGGCCUAUCCGUUCCGCAAAACAUUGCGCGGAAGGAGUUCUGCUUCUACCUCUCCCUCAAAGCGCUCAGCAUCUGGCUCUGUGUCACCUCGUAAGGAUGCGGACAUAGACCAGGCUGAUGAUGACUUUGCUGGCAUAGUCGUGCCCCCGAAUUGCGAAAUCCCCGAUCAUAUACUUAAAAGAACCAUGGCCAAUUUUCGAGCCAUCUUGCUUCAAUCAGCCGACUCCUGCGUUGUUACUGGUAUGGGACGCUCGUGGAUACUCAACCCAACCAUCGGUCCCGCGCUACAGGUUUGCCACAUAGUAUCUCCACUACAUUACCACACAUACCCCCUUCCGAGCAACAAUGUGGACGGGACGCAGGAUACUAGCGAAGAUCGCCAGCCCGACGAUAUUGCAGUCGCCGAGUGA